AUGGAUGAUGAACUGAUUGGAAUGAAAAUGGACAUGACGACAGCGAAAGGAAAAACGACCGAGCAUUACAUGUGGAUGUGGUUUCACACGAAACUACAGGAUACGGUGUUGUUCAGUGGAUGGAAUGUCACUGAUGUUGGAAGCUUGUUGUGGACAUGUGCGAUCAUCAUCGUUGCUGGAAUCCUUGUUGAAUCAAUUAAAUAUCUGCGAUUUAUUAUUCAAAAGAAGCAGAAAAAAUCAAGAGACCCAAAGUAUAUUAACCGACUAUUUUCUGGUGCACAUUUUGCGCAGACUUUGCUCUUUUUGCUUCAACUUGGGCUCGGAUACAUGCUUAUGCUUAUUUUCAUGACAUUCUCGAUUUGGUUGGGACUGGCAGUUUGUAUUGGAUUAACAGCUGGCUACCUCAUAUUUGGAUAUCAUAUGCAUUAA